AUGGUCGAGGAACCCGUGAUUUUCGACGCGGCAGGCAAGACUCGAGAGUCAGCAUUCGACACUGAGUCCUUUGAGAGUCACUACAAGCCAAUCGAAAGCUACGAAGGAUAUCACAGAUGGGAUCCCAAGUUUCAAUGGGAAGCCAAGGAGGAAAAGAAGCUUGUCAGAAAGAUCGACUUGCGAAUCUGCUCAUGGGUCUGCUUCAUGUUUUUUUCUCUGCAAUUGGACAGAGGGAAUAUUUCACAAGCUCUUUCAGAUAAUAUGCUUACGGACAUUGGCAUUUCUACCAACGACUACAACACUGGUCAAACCAUCUUCUACCUUUGCUUUCUGUUUGCAGAGCUGCCCAGUCAGAUGCUUGGAAAGAAGUUCGGCCCUGACAACUGGGUCCCCAUUCAGAUGGUCUUGUGGUCCCUCGUCGCUGCUUGCCAGGCAUUCAUCCAGGGUCGAAGCGGCUUUUGGGCCUGCAGAGCCUUGUUGGGACUCAUCGAGGGUGGCUUCAUUCCUGACAACAUUCUAUACCUGAGUUACUGGUACACGUCACGAGAACUUCCCAUCCGACUUUGCUACUUCUGGUUCUCGUAUCAGUUCACGAGUAUCGUGUCGGCUUUCCUUGCUUUCGGCUUUCUGCACAUGCGUGGUAUCAACGAUAUCGCUGGUUGGCGUUGGCUUUUCGCUUUGGAAGGCUGCCUUACAGGCAUCAUCGGCGUGAUCUCCUGGUUCUACAUUCCACCCUCGCCCACACAGACCGCCUCCAAGUUCCGCGGCAAAGAUGGCUGGUUCAACGAAAGAGAAGAAAAGAUCAUGGUCAACAGAGUCUUGAGAGAUGAUCCCAGCAAAGGAGAUAUGCACAACAGACAAGCCCUCUCUCUCGGCAUGUUCUGGAAGUGUCUCAAGGACUACCACAUGUGGCCCAUCUACCUCUUGGGAUUCACUUGGAUGGUACCAGCAACUCCCAUGAGCGCAUACCUUACGCUAAACCUCAAGAGUGCUGGCUUCACAACCUUCCAGACCAACCUUCUCUGCAUUCCCGCUUAUUGCUUUUUCAUCAUCAACUUGCUUUGGCUGUCGUAUCUCUCUGAGAAAGUCAACGAUCGCUUCCUCAUCGGCACUAUCUCUCAAUGGUUCGUUUUGCCGUGUCUGAUUGCGUUAGAAGUUUUGCCCCAGUCACGCAGUCAUUGGGCUACUUGGAUCCUGAGUUGUCUGGUUUACGCCCAGCCAUACAUCCAUCCCGUUAUCGUCGCAGUCACGUCCAGAAAUGGCGGAAGCGUGCGGACUCGAGCUGUGGCAACCGCACUCUAUAAUAUGACCGUACAGGCGAGUAACAUUUAUUCGAGCAACAUCUACCGCACAGACGACAAACCCUUUUACUUUACCGGCAACAAGAUUCUUAUCGGCCUUGUCUGUUGGAACAUCUGUGCCUUUAUUUUUUGCAAGGUCUUCUAUGUCAUGGUCAAUAGACGUCGCGAUGAGAAGUGGAAUGCCAUGACCAAGGAGCAGAAAGAACAUUAUCUUGCUACUACGACUGACGAGGGCAACAAACGCUUGGACUUUAGAUUUACGCAUUAA